AUGGUUUCUUUGCUAAGGCGUCGUGGUUUCCAUAAACUGUUAAAUUUACCAAGAAUAAUACAGCCAAAUCAGACUGCAUUACGAAAUCAUAGUGUAAUAAGGAAAACAAGAAGUAUACAAGAAAUCAAGGAUGCGUAUCAAAGAGAAAAACAAGAAAUUUCAGAGAACUUCCAACACACAACUAUAGAUGAAAGGGGUAUAUUUGCAAAUAAUGAACUGAGUCUAAAGUACAUAGAUGUAUAUGGUUUUGAUUAUGAUUAUACACUGGCCUCAUAUUCAAAUGCUCUUCAUUUUCUUAUCUAUGACUUGGCUAUUGGGAAUCUCAUCAGUAUGUAUGGGUAUCCAAAGGGCAUCGAAGGAAUGAAGUACAACCCAGAGUUUGCAGUAAGAGGCUUACAUUAUGACACAGCGCAUGGUGUUUUGCUUAAAAUAGAUGCCUUUCACAAUAUCAUGCUUGGAUCAGUAUAUAGGGGCUUGCAGCAGCUCUCUGAUGAUGAAGUGUUUCAAAAAUUUGGUGGUAUUCAUCUAUCAAUCUCUAAGAUAAAUCCUGACAUCCACUUGAAUGAGCUUGGCCAAUCACUGCAUCAUAUGAUUGACAUGUUUUCAUAUCCAGAGAUGUGUCUGCUAUCCAACGUAUCUGAGUUCCUUCAACAAAAAGGCAUCCAGUUUGACCCUGAAAAUCUAUUUGAUGAUUGCAAGAAUGCUGUCGAGAGUGUGCAUAUAUCAGGACAAAUGUAUGAUGAGGUCAUGAAUAAUAUAGGCACAUAUCUKGAUAAAAGUCCUCUUUUGGGACAGUUACUCAACAAAAUGGUUAACAAUGGGAAGAARCUAUUCCUKAUAACAAACAGCCCUUACUCUUUUGUUGACAGGGGGAUGCAACAUAUGAUUGGUAGUGAUUGGACAGAUUUGUUUGAUGUCAUAGUAACCAGAGCAAGAAAGCCAGCAUUCUUUAAGCAGGUUUACAGGCCAUUCCGAACUAUAGAUGUCUCCACAGGCGUUCCAACCUGGGAAAAGGUGUCAAAAUUUGAGAAAGGAAAGAUUUAUACUGAGGGCAAUGUCGAGCAGUUCAUCAAAUUUACAGGUUGGUAUGGACCAAAUGUGCUKUACUUUGGCGAUCACGUGUACAGUGAUUUAAAGGACCCAGUUCUCCAUCAUGGUUGGCGGACAGGUGCUGUCAUCCCAGAACUAGAGCAAGRARUUAAGAUAUGCAACGAUCCCGAYUACCAAAAAUCUGUUGUUUGGUUGUUUACAUUACAAGAUCUAAUUGCAGAGCUUCAGGCACACGACCGCGAUGAGAUCAUGUCUACUGUUGAUGAAUGGAAACUAGAACGAAAACAUUUACGGAAAAAGCUCAAAGUCUUGUUCAACCCCCAGUUCGGCAGCGUAUUCCGCACCUAUCACAACCCAACGUUUUUCACUCGACGUCUUGUCCGUUUUGCUGAUAUCUACAUGUCUUCUGUGGAAAACUUCCUACAGUACGAGGAAAACCUGGUGUUUUACCCUCGACGCGCCGCCCUCCCGCACGAGCCAGUGCUAGAUUUUAGAUGACUUAUCACAAAAUAUCUUAUGCCUCGUAAUUUAUUAUUUUGGGACUUUUCACGCAAUGGAAUAUUCACACAAAACCGUAUGUAUCACACAAUUUUUUAGAUAGAAUUCAGCAGUGAAAAGUCUUGUUCCGACUUCCAAGAAAUAAGGACAGUAAUAUAUUCAUAUUUUUACAUUAGAUUAUUUAAAUCAUUAUGUGUGAAAUUUUGUUAUGGAUUGAAAAGAAUAUUGUCAAUAGAAAAUAAAAUUUCCUUUUUAUGAACAGAAGUGUUUACCUUUACUUA